GUAACGUGAUCGAACAUCUAAACGUGUCAUAAUCAUUAGCUGGGAUACCAGAACCAGUUUGUCCGUCCCGUCAUCAUGGUUCUCAAACAUGGGAGCCGCUGGGGAUCUGCAUUUGCUGAUUAGUGUGGCCGGGCGACAUGAGGGUACUCAUCUAAUCAGCUUCAGGUGCGGGUGCUCACAUGGUUGUCGAGACUCAUAUAGAAAGAAGCGAACAGAAUGAAACUACUCCUCCCAUUCUUCGCAGACAUAACUAGAUUCCUGAACACCAAACAUGGAUGAAACCAGCGACCUCCCAAGCACAAGCACAAGCAGCAGCAGCGCCGCAAGCCGCGUCUUCGCCGUCGCCGAGCUCCUCGAACAAAUCCUCCUCCAUCUCCCCCAGAAAGACAUCCUCACCUCCCAAACCAUAACUCCAUCCUGGCUAUACACAAUCAAAGGCUCCAGCAAGCUCCAACGCCGCCUCUUCCUCCUCCCCCAGCAGCCCCAGAACACCCCAUCAUCCAAAUCCAAGCCCACAGGCAGCAAACACGACCCACCACCAACCCCCGACAAAAAACACAUCACAGUCACAACCUUCCUCGGCAGCAUCCAAAUCCCCCAUCCCCUCCACGCAGCCUCAUCCGCCCUGACCCCCAACAACACCACCACCACCACCACCCCGGAGAUCUGCAUCAACCCGCUCCUCCCAUCCAUACCCACCCUCCCAGCCGGCCACUGGAGCAUCACCGCAAACACCUUCAGCCCAACAUCAGCCUUCCCCUCGCCCGCCUGGCUGCCCAUCCCGGACCCCUUACUCUACGACAUAUACCGCGCGCAAACGCCAACACUCGAGUACGACGCGCCCAUUCCCCGCCUCCCACCAUCGGAUCCAGACACCUCCACCAGCUCAACCCCACGCGAGCCGCCUUCCGCAGGCACUACGCAGCACUACUCACCACCAACACUACCACCACCACACUCAUGGCGCGCAAUGUACACAUCCCAGCCGCCCGCGACACAGCUGCGACUCUCGCUCGUGCACGAACACGUCGUGCUCUCGUUCCGGAGCAAGAAGAUGGUGCACUCGGCACGGGCGUACCGGAGCCGCAUGCUGACCGCGGCCGACGGCGUGAAGAUGGGCGCGGUGGUGGAUGCCGCGGAGACGUUGCUGGCGGAGGAAUGGGGCGAGCGGACACGCGAAGGGCCGAAGAUGUGGGCGAGCCGGGAGCACGUCUGGAUUGUGGAGGCGGUGGUGGCGAGCGCGGACACGGGCCCGCCGUGCAGGUGUCGGGACCGGGAGCGGUGGGACGGGGGAGGACGAGGCGUGUUUUGGAGGGAUGCUGGGGAUGAGGAGUGGUAGGUAUCAAGUAUGUAAGUAAGUGGGAACGGAUCUAAACACUGGAUUUCGGGAUGAAGAAGGUCUGAUGUGUGUAUCGAAGCGCAUGAUGCACUUUUGCGGACAGCUGCGGGUAGAUGGAAUUCAUCAGGUUUCUGGCAACCAAUGUUUAAUUUACAGGACCCCCUAAUACCAACUUGAGAUAAAAUGCGAGUAUGACAUUUUUCCAGAUCCAGUUCUUUGAA